CUGGAUUGAGAGUAUUAAUUCAAAUCGGUUUGUUUCUUAUAAAUGUAGAAUUUUUAUUAUUAUUAUUCGAUUUUGUUAGUGUUUAGUUAAAUGAAAUCUUUCAAACGAUUUUAUUAUUUAUCAGUUUGAUUGUUAUUUAAUUUUGAUAGUGAUAAUUUAUUUAAUUGUUAUUUAUUUUUUCAUAUGUAUGAUGCAACUGAUACAAAUUGUUUCGUUUCUUUUAAUGAUUAAAUUAUCAAAUACAAAUGAAUAUUGUGAUUCUAUUAGCGGAAAAUGUUCUGAAAACAAUGAAAAUAUUUAUAGCAAAGAAUAUUAUGUGUAUUUGACGACAUAUCUUCGAAAGAACGCUGACUAUCAACCUUCAAAUGACACUUGUUUUGAAUCCAACAUAGCUGAUGAUUUAAGGAUAUUUAAGAAUGGAAUAACUAAGGAAAUGCUAAAUAAUGCAUACUCCAAGGGUGUUAAAUACCAAAUAAUUAAUCACGAGUUGUAUAGAAGUCAAGAAUGCUUAUUCCCUACACGAUGUAAUGGAGUAGAGUAUUUUUUAAUACAACUUAAAUCAGAAUUACCUGACUUUGAAUGUGUGAUUAAUUUUUAUGAUUGGCCACAAAUAAGUAAACACCAUGGAUCCCCAGUUCCUGUUUUUUCGUUUAGUAAGACGAAAGACUAUUAUGACAUUAUGUAUCCAGCAUGGAGUUUUUGGGAUGGUGGGCCUGCCAUUAAGAUAUACCCAAAAGGUUUGGGUCGUUGGGACCUACACAGGAAAAAACUAAUAUCUGUUUCCAAGGAAAUACAAUGGGAAGAAAAAAAGAAAGUUUUUUUCUUUCGGGGAUCUAGAACAAGCUCAGAAAGAGAUGUUAUAGUCCAAUUGUCUAGAAAAGAGAAAGAUUUAGUAAAUGCAUCUUACACCAAAAACCAAGCGUGGAAAUCAGACAAGGACACACUUGGAUAUCCUCCAGCAGAAGAAGUGGCUCUUGAAGAUCACUGCAUAUAUCGGUAUUUGUUUAAUUUCAGAGGAGUUACUGCAAGUUUUAGAUUCAAGUAUUUAUUUUUAUGCAAAUCACUUGUCCUUCAUAUUGGAAAUGAAUGGAACGAAUUUUUCUAUAAUCAUAUGAAGCCAUGGGUUCAUUAUAUACCACUGAGAACUGAUGACACCGAAAAUGAUUACAGGAAAUUAAUGAAUUUUAUUCUAAAAGAAGAUAAAGUAGCCCAAGAAAUUGCUUUUAAAGGCUAUAAAUUUAUUCGUAACAAACUGAGAAUGAAAGAUAUUCGUUGCUACUGGAGAACUUUAUUGACAUACUAUUCAAAGCUGCUUAAGUUUCAGCCAAAACUAGAUGAGACAUUAAAAAAGAUAUCUUAGUUUUCUUUUUUGUUGUACUUUUAUUACAUUUUGAAUUUCCACCAAUAGUUAGUUUAUUCACCAGAUAUUUUCAUUUCUUAUUACUUUGAUUUACCAAGUUUACUUGAAUUUUAGAAAAUUCAAUUAAACAAAUAAGAUUUUUAAUAAUUAAAGGUCUGUAUUUUAUCCCUGUAUCUUACUUGUAAAAUAAUUGUAAUU